GCCUCCCCUCAAAAAAAAAAAAACCCGGCGAGUCGAGUGCCUCACUUCUGCGAUUCCCCUUUGCGGCUCUGACCUCUGCCACCAGCCGCCGGCCUCGCCUCGCCGGCGACUCGCCGUCGCCGGAUUCCCUGAAGGCCAGGAGCCCAGGAUGGAAGCUCAGAUUAGAUAUUAAGCUCCACAAUUUCCGAACUAUAAGCAGCGCGGGAUAGGGGAUAGAGAUGGCUGCUGUCGGCGCGAAGGCGGUGCCGCCCACUCUGCUGUCGCUGUGCCUGCAAGCGGUCGCCGCGCAUCUCACCGCCGACGCAGCCGGCGCGGGUCGAUCUGGUGGGUGCGGCGCUCAGUUCGACGGGUUCGUCCAGGAGCACGAGGAGGAGGGGGGUGGCGGCCACCUCGCGCCGGAGCAGGUCGCGGAGGCGCUGCCCUGGGAGCUUCUCCACCAGCUGGCGUCUUCUCUGCCGCCGUUCGCUCUCGAACUGCUCCAUCACGGCGCCCAUGCCCGAUGCUGCUCUUCUACUUCCCUUACUGAUCGAUUCGGAGAGGCCGACGGCAAUAGACGUGGGACAAAACGUUCAAGGUGUGAAGACUUCAGCACUGCAUGGCAGGCAUUGUUCGAAUCUCGCUGGCCCCUCCAUGAUAACACUGGACAUGAUAACUUGGUUACUGUAGAUUGGCAGCAGCUGUACUGGGAAAAGCAUUUGCAAGAGUGCCUGGACGAAGCUGCAGAGGCUGCGUUGCUUCCUUUAUUUUGUGGGCGUAUUGGUGAGCUAAGUAUGUCAGAUAAAAUCAUGAGUUCCGUUUACCUCAGUGAGAACAUAGCCCAACAGUAUUCCAGACUGUCAUAUCAUUGGACCAUACUUGGAUCUUAUGCAAGGUGCUUGAGAUUUCAAAAUGUGCUUUGCACGGCCGAAGUUUGUGUAAGUGCUCAAGCAGUACCUUGUUCCUUCAUUUUUCCACUGUCUAUGAUUAAUUAUCUACGGUCUGUAGCAUGUGUUGUUUCAAUUGUGCAUCUGUAUUGCUGUUAUUUUGUUGGUAUUUUGUUAUUUGUGUAUCUCUCCAUCAUCCAUACAACAAUAAAUGUGCACUCAGAUAGUCAGAUUCCAGAAUAA